UCUGUUCCUCCCUCCUCUGAUUGCGCACCAGCUACCUGCUGGUAGCUGCCCCAAUUGCAUCCAUCCCUCCCGUCCUGCUCUCCUCUUUAAAACACCCAGCCCAGCAUAGCCACCAUAUCUCGCAGCUUGUGGCCGCAGACUCCCUACGAUUUUUGGUCGGUUCGGUCGGGUUGCUCCAAGAGCAGUCGCGAGCUCCGUCGCCGCAUUGAUGAAUGCCGAAGCUAUAGCGGCUCUCCGUCGUCGCUCUUCCCAGGGAUGCCACGGUCGCCCGGAUCAUGCCAUUGCCAACCGCGGUCGUAGCCGGCGUUGCCGCCUCCGUCGCCGCGCUGGUGCUGCUGGCGGUCGCCGCCGCGCUCUGCUGGUGGCGGCUCGGGGCGCGCCGUAGCCGGACCUCCGACACCGCCUCCGACGAAACUCCCCCCACGCUAGCGGAGUGGGGCAGGUGCGGCCGGACGUCGUCGGCGCCGGACUACCACGGCGCCAGGCGGUUCACGCUGGAGGAGAUGUCCCACGCCACCAAGAACUUCAGCGACGCCAACCUCGUGGGCGCCGGCACCUUCGGCAAGGUCUACAUGGGCCUCCUGCUCGACGGCACCGUCGUCGCCAUCAAGCGCCGCGUCGGCGCGCCGCGCCAGGACUUCGUCGACGAGGUGAGGCGGCAGUCGGAGAUCUGGCACCGGAACGUGGUGACCCUCAUCGGCUACUGCCAGGACGGGGGUCUGCAGAUGCUCGUCUUCGAGCACCUGCCCAACGGCAGCGUCUGCGGCCAUCUCUACGAUAGCGGCAAGGAGUCGAUGACAAGGCUGGAGUUCAAGCAGAGGCUCUCGAUCGCCAUCGGAGCGGCCAAAGGCCUGGACCAUCUGCACAGCCUCGCGCCUCCGUUGAUCCACAAGGGCUUCAAGACGAGCAACGUGCUGGUGGACGAGAACUUCAUCGCCAAGGUGUCCGACGCCGGAGUCGACCGGCUGCUCAGAGGGCUCGAGGACCCCGGCUCGCCGCUCAACGGAUUCCGUUCCGGCAUCUACCAGGAUCCAGAGGCACAUUCCUUGGCACAGCUCUCUGCGAGCAGCGACGUGUACAGCUUUGGGGUUUUCCUUCUGGAGCUCAUCACCGGCAGGGAGGCCGCCACCUUGGUUUCUCCGGAAUCAACCGAAUCUCUCGCUCAUUGGUUGGAGACGUCGGGAGACGAGGUGGCGGACCCGAGGCUCGGCGGCAGCUUCACCUCGGAGGGCAUGAAGGAGCUGGUUGGCCUGACGAUGCAGUGCCUGAGCCCGUCGGCGGUGAGGAGGCGGCCCAAGAUGCGGCUGGUCGCGGCGGAGCUCGACCGCAUCCUGGAGAAGGAGAUGACCCUGACGACGGUCAUGGGGGAUGGCACGGCCAUCAUCACCCUUGGGAGCCAGCUCUUCACGUCAUGAUCAUCCAAUAUUUGUUACCACAAAAUGGAUAUUUUUGUGUUUCGCGAUUGCUAAACUUUAGUUGCCUGAAAAUCAAUUGAGCAUCAAUUGAAUUCCCCUAGCAUCGAGCUGGAAAUCAAGACGACGUGACGUCUUCGACGGAGGGGAGUUCAAGGGUUGACUGAUAUGGGUGUGGUAGAGGAGGACUUCACCGGAGCAAAAAAGGGGGAAGGAUGGUUGCAGGGAUGACCGGGGUGACGGCCAAUGGACCGGCAUAGGAGGCGAUUCAGGCAGGGCGGGACGAUGAGGCGACAUAGGCUGAAGGUGGCGGGUACCGGCGGUUAGGCCAAUGAAGGCGGGUGGCUCGACAAUGGAAGCGUUUGUCAGCAAUGGGGAUGAAGGGGAAAUCGACCAAUGUAUGUACUUUUUUCAGGCAACUGGCAUUUAGCCGGUCCAUUUUGUUUUGUACAUUUGCAUAUAAAGCAACUGCC